AGGAGCCGGAGGGGAACUUGAAGUGAUUGUGUUUGCGUGUUUUCCAAAUGAAUCAAACACUCUGCCUCUCUCUGCUGCUCUUCGCCGCCGCAGUGGCUGCCGGCGAAACAGACAGAAAUCUCUCUUCCGGCGGGCUGGUAUGGUCUACUGCCACGGAGGAGUCCGAUCUAGUUCCGCCGGAUGACUCCGACUCCGACGGCGUGUUUUCUUCACUGGACGGCAUAUUGCAGUGGGCGAUAAGUCAUUCUGAUCCCAAGAAGUUAAAGGAAUCAGCACAAGCUCGGCAACGGCUCUCACCAAUUGACCUCCAAAAACGUCAAAUGGAAAUCAAGGAAAUAAUGGAGAAAAUAAAAAUGCCAUCAGAUGCUGAAUUGAUGAAAAUUGCGAUAAAUGACUUGAAUAAUGUCUCUACGUCUUUGGAAGAUAGGAACCGUGCUUUACAGGAGCUUCUUGAGCUUGUUGAGCCAAUAGAUAAUGCAAACGAUUUAAACAAACUUGGGGGACUUUUGGCGGUUAUGCGAGAACUUAAUCACUCUGAUCCGGGUAUAAGGACAGUUGCUGCAUGGGUUCUUGGGAAAGCUAGUCAAAAUAAUCCAAUUGUUCAGCAACAGGUCUUGGAGCUUGGAGUACUCUCAAGGCUGAUAAAUAUGGUAAAGUCUAAUUCCAUAGAGGAAGCCAAUAAAGCAUUAUAUGCUGUUUCAGCUUUGAUUCGGAAUAACUUGGCUAGUCAGGAAUUGUUCUAUGCUGAAGCUGGAGGUUGGAUGAUUCAGGAUAUUUUGAGGAAUGCAAGUCUCGAUAUAAGACUGCGGAGGAAGGCCAUGCUUCUAUUGGCUCAUCUAGCAGAGUAUCAAUUAGAAAAUGCAAAUAGAGAUGAACCAUCAUUUUUCAAUGACCAGGAUCUGUUGAAGUCUGUGGUUGAUUUAACUGCAUCGACCGACCUUGAUCUCCAGGAAAAGGCUCUUAUCGCGAUUAAGAGUCUCUUGCAACUAAGGACUACUGAAGCUCGGGUUUUCAGGGACUUCUGUGCUUUAGGCGAUGCCCUGAAUAGAAUGAAGCAGUUGUUGCAUGAAUUGAUGGCGGAUGAAUAUGAAAGAGACUACGCGAUGGAUGUGGAAAGUCUUCGUACUGAAGUGGAAGACAUUUUUCAUAGAAAGUUGGCAAAGCAAUUAUAUGAGUUGUGACAUACCCUGAGAUUAUGGUGUUGAGCUUAUAUCAUAUCCUGUUUCUAGAGCCUACGUUUCUCACAAUUUUGAUGUAUGCACGUUUGACGUAUUAAUAAUAAUUUUAUAGGUGUACAUGUUAAUACCCGCCUAUUCUACUAGCAUUU